AUGUCUUCAGACGCGACUCCUCAAACUCCCACGGCAACGGGCAGCAAAGACACGGCCAUGUCUGACUCCUCUCCGAAAUACGUGCCCCAGUUCUCCGCUGCUACGGAAAUGAUAUUGAAGCGCAUCCAGAGUGGUGCCAGCAGCACGAUAGGUGCGACGCCUACUCUGUCCUCGAUUGGCAUAACGGGCACUCCUCCGGGUUAUGAAGAUAUGAGACGCAAUGUAUUGAUGGGCAUGAAGACCACCCUGAAUAUGGAGAUUCCGGCGAGUAAGCCUAUACAUUAUAAAUCUAGGACCUCGCGUCUUGCAAGCGCUGGCAAUGGAGCUGCAGGCAGUGCAUCCGCUGCGGGAAGUCCUAUUGCGCCCCGGCCAUCCACGACCCCCAAGAGUCGUGGAAGUAUGGAUGCUGGCUCUGGAAAGAAAACAAAGCCAGGGCCAAAAGGUAAAGGUCCACGGGGUACCAAAAGAAAGAGGGGAAGAUCCGACAGUUUGAGCGAAGAGGAGUCAGAGGAAUCUGAAGCUAUGUCGAAACUCGGAGGGGAUUCUGAUUCUGAUGACGCCGAAAGUGUAACUCAAUUCCCCAAAGUAACACAGUCUGGUCGACAGAUUGUUAAGCCAGCUCAAUUUGUCCCUGCUCCUCGAGAGACAAAUCCAAAGCGGAGAGCACCCUCAAAGAAAACCCCAGAAAGCGCUUUGUGUAAGAGAUGCGGGAGAGGCCAGAGCCCCCAAAGUAAUCAAAUUGUGUUUUGUGAUGGGUGCAACUUGGCGUGGCACCAGAUGUGCCACGAUCCUCCUAUUCUCCCAGAGACGGUCAAGGACGAAAGCGCUCCGUGGUUUUGUUCGGAUUGUAACCGUAAGAAAGGUAAUAAAGGUGCUGGUUCUGAAUUACGAUUAACCAGCUGGCAAGGACGUAGCGAAGAAGAGGUUGGUAAUGCUUCACUAGGAACUCUGCAGAUUGCUAAUCCAUACCAGAAACGCUCGUACUUCAACUCCCUCCCACAUGCACAGCUAGUAAACCUUCUCAUACAAGCUACAGUCCUACAUCCCAACAUUCCGAUCUUCCCUCAGAUUUUUGAUGUGCUACAUUCACAGGCGCAACGAGCUCAAUCAUCUGAUCGUCGCGCGAACAGCCAUUCACAACAAUCAGUACCUCCUUCAGCGACUGCGAGUCUCUUCUCACGAGCAGAGGCACACCCGAACGGACAAAUUAACUUCAUCCGAAAGAUUCAACCAGGUCAGGCAUCGCCAGCUUCCGCUCUUUCUCCCUCACAGUCAUUGAACCAUGCCUCCUCAGCUCCUCCCGUAAUAAAUGCCCCAGGUGGAGAUAGUAGAGAAAGUACUCCGGCGAGCCCUCCAUAUCCAAAACCAGGUAAUGGAUUGAUGGCAAAACUAGGACCCGACGAAGAGGACAUGGACUGGCUAGUCGACAGCAAUGAUUUCGAGGCUUUUAGCCAUACGAUCUAUGAUGAGCACGGAGAGCGAGUCGGGGACAAUGGGGUUACAGUCUGA